AUGGGUGCUGCUGAAGCGACGAAGCUUGAUGAGCAAUACAAUGAAAUGGAAAGGAAAGUGGAUCUGACGUACGAACUAAUUAGUGCAUUAAUUGCUGGAACUCACGAACUAUUGCAGCCCAAUCCAGCAACUCGAGCAAAAAUGGCCACAAUGGGAGCUUUGUCAAAAGUGCGCGGAACAUCGAAAACACAACCAUAUCCACAAACCGAAGGUCUCCUAGCAGAUACCAUGCAAAAAUAUGGAAUAGCCCUAGGUGCAGAUUCAGAUCUUGGGAAAGCUUUGAUCGAUGCUUCGGAAGCUUAUCGUCAAUUAGCUGAUAUUAAAUAUCAAAUGGAGGAUAAUGUAAAGCAUAAUUUUUUGGAUCCAUUAGCACAUCUGCAACAAAAUGACUUAAAAGAAGUUAAUCAUCACCGAACAAAACUCAAGGGACGACGUCUAGAUUACGAUUGCAAGAAACGAAAACAAACACGAGAUGAGGAAUUGAUUCAAGCGGAAGACAAAUUGGAAGAGUCAAAGCAGUUAGCAGAACUAGCAAUGUAUAAUCUUUUAAGCAAUGAUGUUGAACAGGUGACUCAGCUUUGCGCUUUGGUCGAUGCGCAGUUGGAUUUCCAUCGGCAGACUACGCAAGUGUUAGAACAUUUGAAGACACAACUUAAUGAACGUGUCGCAGAAGCAAGCAUUCGACGACGUGCGGAGCAUGUCAUUAAGCCCGUUUUAGCAGACAGAGUAUCUAGUUCUCGAUCGCCAGUACAUGCAGAAAAUUCGACAUCAGUCAACAACGCCAAUUUUCAACCACCUUCAGUAGCAUCUUCUGUAAAUCCACAAAAACAGGCGGCAGAUAAUGGUAAUUGGAGUUUGAGUGCAAAAGCCCACAACUCAACGGCUAAUUUUGGUGGCGCGAAUGCGCCAACCCCUCCUGCGCCGCCUGUUCUUAAGCCAUCUUGUCGAGCCUUAUAUGAUUUCGAGGCACAAAAUGAAGCCGAAUUGGAUUUCAAAGAAGGUGAUGUUAUUAAUUUGAUCUCACAAAUUGACGAUAAUUGGUAUGAAGGUUCACUGCUAGGAAAAACUGGUUACUUCCCGAUCUCUUACGUUCACGUACUUGUGCCAUUAUAA